AUGGUGCGUAGGAGCGACAGGAAAGCACUCGAGUCACUUUCUGGGGAUGCUGUAAAGGUCUCUGCUGGCUCGGCAAAGGUCAAAAAGGAGCAGAGUGACUUUUUGGCCACAUAUGGCACAGCCCUAACCCUCUCCAAUACGAUGGUCGGGGCUGCUCUCCUUUCUCUUCCAUUUACCAUUGUGCGCCUCGGGUGGGUCGUGGCGCUAUUCAUCAUGGCAUUUGCAUUUACCUACAGUCUUUUUGGAUUUUAUGCAAUCAUUGACACAGCCCAUUUCACACAAUCUCGGACGCUGCGGGGUUGUGUAGUUGCCAUGUUUGGGAACAAGAUAGCAAUGGCGAUGGACGUCUGCAUUGUCCUAAUGUACACCGGGCUCUUAGUCGUCUACAUCUCUAUUUGCGGAGAAUACAUCAGCGCGUGUAUCACGGGAUUCUCACACGGAAAAGCCUCUUUUAGAUUGGAGUAUAUCAAGGUAAUCAUCGGAGUUCUGUUGAUCCCUACAACAAUAUUGAAGUCUCCCGCCGCUCUCAGCAACAUCUCUGGCUUCUGUAUCCUCUUUAUACUGAUCACUGUUCUCUCUGUCUUUGGCUACUUCAUCGCUGGAUUAGUUAAAAAGGAGGUGGCAUGCAACGUUGCAGGAAUCACCGAAAGCUCUCUCUACAAGAAAGCUCUGAGCAAUGGGUUUGCUGGGCCGUCGCAGGACUCCACCAUCGGAUCAUGGAAACCCUUUCCCAAUCCUAUGUUCAUCUACGCCCCUGCACACACUGUCCCGUGGAUGGCGUUUCUCGAAAUUGUCAGACGUGUUUCUGUCUUCAUGCCACUGUUUGGGUGCCAUGCGAGUAUUGCCCCGCUCCUCUCUGAGCUUCAGGGUACCCCAAACAAACGUCGUCUUCUCUUGAAGAAGGCAAUUACUAUCGCUAUCACAGUCAGCUUGAUCCUAUAUCUCCUCAAUGGGAUUGGGUCUGCACUUAUGUUUAGUCAAGUCAUACAAGCAAACGUACUCAUCUCCUUCCCCCCGUCCAAUAUCUACAUGACUGUUAUUCGCCUUCUUUACGCUUUCGUGGUUGCUUUAUCGUUUGCAAUUAUCAUGUUUCCAAUUCGAGUAAUCAUCAUGUCGUGGUGGAACAUAGAUAAACAGACGCGGAAAGGUCACAUUAUCUUUAUUACAAUCGGAGUGUCCCUUACCGUUGUGGCCGUACUAAUGUCAACAUUCAUUCCUUCAAUAGACACAGUCUUUAAUGCAAUAGCUGCGCUAUUUGGUAUAGCAGUAUACUGGCUUGUCCCAUUGUUCAUCCGGUGGAAGGUUCCUGAAAUUGCAGCUCACUCACGCAUACCUCACACAGACGACGAUGAUGAAGUAGGGUACGUAAACCCUGAGGCUCUCCCAGAGCCUCACAGAAGGGACACUGUCCUGAAGAGAGGUAGGACCGACUCUGUUGCCGUUGGCGCCUUUGCAUUUUUGGGGAUGACCAUGGGCCAGGCGCGUACGAUGAGCAAGGUUUUCGUUCGAGAACGCUCCAUAAACAACAGAGAAAGGUCACGAUCUCAAAUUAGAACGGAGCAACGGGCUAAUGAGACGCGCAACCGUGCGGCAACACUGGCAGCUCCCCAAAAGGCCGAGGUGGCAUCCAUUUUGUCCAUUAAAGGGUACAGUUCGCAAACAAGGACACAGGAGUCAUCAGCAAAUGAGUUGGCUCCCUGCGUCGUGAGAUCUGGGAUAGAAGAAGUGGGCGGAUCGUCUCAUAACAUUUGGCAGACGUCUGGUCAGUCUGUAGAUCCCAGUAUGCCUUCUACAUCUGCACCUGCGCCUACACUUGCUCACACAGCUUGCACAGGGCCCCCCAAGCCAGAAGAAAAGCCUAGCCUUCCUGUUCCUAGACGGCUGAGCCAACGUGCUUUCCCAGCACCUGCGCCUACCUCAGAAAGCGCACUGGCAGUAGCCACUGCAAAUCGCUACAGGGCAAUGUCCAUUGCAGACUCUAAGCCAACACAUACGUUCGAUCUCUUAACUGAACAGACCAAUAUACACAACGCUUCUUUACUUGCAGAUCCUAAUUUGCCGGAGGACAUGCGUAUUGCUUUGGAAGUGGCUGCUGAGCUAGAGCAGAAUGGAGGCACAUUGGAGGCUCCCAGUGAAGAGUAUCCCGAGCCUGACAUGACGGAUCCGUGGCGUGUCGCGUUGCUGAAGAAGAUGACCAAGUGCAGAAAAGUUACCAUUAUCUGCAGUGCAUGCGUGAUUGUUGUCAUGAACUUGACUGCCUUUUUCCUCUCCACAUUUGUCAACACGGAUACAUUUAAAUGGAUCUUCUAA